CCGCACUCAUUCCUGUCGAAUUGUUCGGCAACCUCGCGGCCGGAGGGGCGUCGAUGGUCUUUCCACCUAGCAGUCUGGUUUUCGGCGCGGUGACAUACCUCAUGGGUGCUGCGAAGGGUGUUUCAUCGUCAUACGAUGCAAUUCAAGACUUGAUGGGCUCCUUGAAGGACUUUACGAUCCGGCUCAAAACGUACAGUCAAGAAGCAAUCUCCGAGGAUUUGAGCAACAAGUUGAGCGACGUGCUCGUGACCCUUAUCGAGAUCUUUGCACUCGCUACUAAGACCAUUCGACGAGGACGGCUUCUCAAAUUCACACGCAAUAUCCUCUUGGGUAACGAUGAUGCGAUACAAGCGGCCAUGGGGAAACUCGACAAACUCACCAGGGUAGAAGCCGGCCUGGUCGGGGCUGAAACGCUGACCGAGUCGAAGAGAACCGGACGGGUUGUGGACGACAUCUCGGUGACCGUCAACACUACCAAUGCCACAAUGAUGGAGACAGGGAUGACCGUGAGCCAGAUGAGUGUCCAAGUCAAUGAAGUGCAAGAAAUGCUGGGUACUCUGAUCGUAUCGGUGAAUGAGACCAAGCAGGACAGUAGCGAAAGUCGCGAGAAAUCCCAGCAGGACCUGGUCAAACAUAUUCUGAAGCCAUCCAAGACAGACUCGGCACAGGAUUGGUACGACAAGAUCAACAAGGCCCGUAUACCAGGCACGGGAGACUGGAUCCGAGAGGAGGACAUCUUUAAAGGCUGGGUUAACAUGGAUAUGCCAAUCAUAUUCGUUUCAGGUAAUCCUGGGGCAGGGAAAUCCUAUCUGUCAACGAAUAUUAUUACUUUUCUGCGCGAUCAGUACCCACAGGACGUUGAAAACACCUCGAUAAUUUCCGUGGGAUUCUUCUUCUUCAAGGAUGACAAUCCGGACACGCGAAAUCUCCACCAGGCCUUGCGAGACCUUGCCUUCCAAAUCAGCAAGACCGACCUAGUAUACCAGAAAUACAUUGCCACCAUUGAGGACUACGAGAGGAUCGGUUCCCUGGAAAGCGCAUGGCGCCUUCUCUUUGUCGAGUUUUUCUUAAAAAGGACAAACGUCGACAGUAAUGUGUACAUCCUCCUGGAUGCUGUGGAUGAAGCACUAGAUGAAGAGAGGAGAAUCUUUCUUGGGUUGGCAAAGGACUUGUAUGAUGCUCCAGAAAAGUCCCGUCUGCACCUUGCCAUCGUCGGUCGACCCCAUAUCAGUGAACAACUACUUGAGGGUCUAGAGACAGAAGUUCCCACUAUCCAUGUUACCACAAAUAAGAACUCGGGUGAUAUCAACCAAUACAUCCAUGCUAGCAUCAAGAAGUCGGUUGUUCUCCGGAGGGUGUCGGCAAAGAUGCGUCAAGAGAUUGUGGAGAAGUUGGCCGCCGGGGCAGAGGGCAUGUUCCUCUGGGUGAACCUCAUGCUACAGGAGCUGGUCAAAAAAAGAAACGAAAGCAGCAUGCGAAAGGCAUUAGACCAAGCCCCGAAAGGUCUCAAGGAUAUGCUUCGUCACGUCCUGGAAAGUUUCUCCGAUAGCUCAAACGAUGAAGAACUGGAAUACCUCAAUGAACUCCUUCUGUGGGUCACCUGUUCGCAGCAGCCUUUGACUCUAUCAAUCAUCGAAGCAAUCCUGAAGCUGAAAUCCCCGGAAGGCGAUGGGAUGAUCUAUACCGAAGGAGCACUCCGGAGGCAGUUUGCAUCGUUUUUCAACCUAGACCGGUUGGACGGCCUGACGACGGCUGAAUUGCAAAAUCUAGCAACGAAUGCUGGGUUGGAGGACGACUCAGAUGAUGAGAAAGAGGCGCUGAGCGCGCAGGAGGACGCUUUCGAGGAUGUCGAAAACUCCACCGAUUUCGACUCCGAAAAGAGCACUACUACAGUAACCUUCUGCCACGCAUCUAUUGGCGACUUCUUCCGUGAUGAAACUGAGGGCAAAGUUUCUUCGGGAGAAGAUCGCAUCGCUGUUGGUGUAAACUAUCACGAGGCUCAAGCUCAUGUCCUAAAAACCUUCCUGAGGAUAUUCACAGAUCGAGAAUUUGCAAGCAAGGCCGACGAUACUGGUAUGCUCACGCAUGCUGCCCAGAACUGGGCCCACCACCUCCUCAAUGUAUCACCUUCUCAGACUUCCCUUGAAGAUAAGAAAGAGAUUGCCAAGUUGUUACUGGAUGCAUUCAGAUCCGAGGAAGCGCUAUCCGACUGGGUUGGGCAACGCAGCUGGGUUUCCACCAAGGCUGGCAUCCAAGCAGUUCGUCAGUGGUGGAAGGAUCAGGAAGUCCUUGAGUCGUUGACCGCAGAGGAGAGGGAUUUCAUCGCUUCCACGGAGGACGACCCUAUCACGACGUUCAAACCGCUUGUGAUGUUUUGUAUUAAGAAGUGGGUUGGCGACGACGCAUGGGGUCCAGUUCCCGUCGCAGCUGUUGUUUGGAGCUAUCUGGCCUUCUCGAAAGGUAAGGAGGGGAAUUUCUCGGAAGCCUUCAAACCACCAGCUGAAGAAAUCAUUGAGGCGGCCGAGUUUGGCGGCACUGAGAAGAAUGCCCUUUGGUAUCAACGGUGUGCGAUGGUUCUGCGCAAUUGCGAGCAUUCCGAGGAAGCUUUAGAUUUUUUCGCAAAGGCCAUUGAACUUGCCCCGGACAACUGGCUUCCAAAAGCUGGCAUGGCACGUACAUAUGUGGCGAGACAAGAAUGGCAAAACGCAAUUGACUUGGAUGAACAAUGCGUGGAGGCUAUACUAAAGCGCAUCGAGGAGCACCCAGACGACAAAGAGCUUCGGAGUUCUCUCCACCUAUGUCUUGAACGUAUGGGCGACUGCUACAAGGAAAUUGGAAAUUUGGAAAAGCGCUUUGAGGUCUACACCAAGGCAUAUGACAAUAUUGAGUACUGCGACAAGUGUAUUAACGUGCUCCUUCAACACCAUUCCAAGACGCAGUCGCACGAAACCACCAUUGAGUUUCUUCGGACACUAGAAAAUACGCCAAUUGAAGGUGCAGAUUACUCAAUGCUGACAAUGUCUCUCUGGGAUAAUCCAGAUGAAGAUUCAGUCUACUUUGUCUACGCCGCGGACGCAGCAUUCGCUACUAACAACCUGGACUUUAUGGUCGCGGCCUGGCGUACGGCCGCACGAGCGGCGAGAAUGGAGGCAAAAACAGUCAUUGCGGCUCACCUAGACAUGUCUCUCGCUCGAAUCUAUAGUGAAUUCUUAAAUGAUCAGGCGAAAGCCGUCAAGAGAUGGGAAAAGAUCAUGAACACAUACGCGUCGUCGAAAGACGAGACUUCAAUCGGCGUGACGAAGCUAGAAGCUUCAUACAAACUCGCUCGACACUUCUUGGGUGUCGCUGUUGAGGCUGGGGUUGGCACUCCCGAAGCUGAAGCCGCGGCAGCAAAGCUUGAAAAGCUCGUAAAGCAAGCCAACACUGAUAACAACUCCGUGUGGUGGACUAUUUCCAGCGCACGCGCGAUCUCUUUAGGCCUAUACUACCGGCUAUGCGGGCGGGAAGCGGAAGCCAGAGCCCUGUUCAAACCCUCCGUCAAACGGGGUAUUCAGAUUCUGUCUGAUGACGACCCAGAGAACGAUGUUUUCGGACUUCUCGACCUGAUGAAUGCUCUGGCAGCUGCUGGAGAUUCUAAGAAUGUGAUUGCCAUCGCAUAUGCGCUUGGACAAUAUACAGGAGGUCAUGAAGGGGAAGAAACCCCCGAUGAGGAUUCAGGUGGGAUCACUUGCGAUGGCCCAUGUCGUAAAACGCUUCCGGUAAUGGAUAACUACUAUCUGUGUCCAAUCUGCUUCGACACGGGGUUUUGUGAGGACUGCAUGAAGCUGCUUAGGGAUCAAGCUAUGGCAAUCAACAGGUGCAAUUCGACACACAUUAAGGAUUUCAUUUAUAUUCCUCCGCGGUCAAAGAAGGUGGAGGGUGGAGCUAUGCUCGUCGACGGCGAAGAAAUGGAUUUCGAGACAUGGAAGAACCUAUUGAAGGUUGAAUGGGGAGUUUAACUCCAUGCAUAGUGUUUCCCUUCAGGACGUCGCUAUUUCAAUCCUCUGCUCAUGAUUCUCUCUCUCUCUCUCUCUCUCUCUCUCUCUCUCUCUCUCCCCGAGUUGACAUAAGCCUCUUAUCGCCAUGAUAAUCAAUCAUUAUAAUUAAUGCUGCUAUGUAACUUGGAUUUGCUACCUGGUAACGCAUUGAAUUCCCGGAUUCGGCGUGGGCCGCGAUACCACGAAAGUGGAUAACGAUGAAGAGCGCCCUGAAACUCAAUGGAGAACUACAUAUACUGGAUUCACAAUUGUCCACUUCUCAUCCAGCCUCUUGUUCCCUUUGUAUCCCUUAGUCCAACACGUAUAUGAAACACUAAAGAGUCUUUUCUGAGUUCCCGGCGCUGGAUCCGAAUAGUUUCUCCCUAAA